AUGGCGCGAGUGGCCAUACCUACCAAUCUUAAGAUUCUUCUAGCACGUAGUCGAUCAUUGGCUUUUAAAGCGAAACGAAAGGGAAGUAUCUUGUUUCGAGAAAAAGCCCAACGUCUUCGUAAUACUGCACGUUCGGAACUUAAACGUUUUCAACAAGAACAACUCGUCAAGAGUUUAACCGAUCGUCAUAAAUCUGGAGCAGAUUCAGUACUAUUUUGGAAUCGUACCAAAAGGCUUUUUCGUGCAGCAGCAUCUGCUCUUCGUGGACUGUUAUCGCCGAACGGAGAAUCCACCAAGGAUUUCCAAAGCAUGGCUAAUCUUACAGCUGAUUAUUAUGAGUAA